CAGUUACGUUCCAAACAAUCAAGUACUCUUGUCCGGUUCUAUCACUUUUCAGUUGAAAUUGCAUUAGAUUGCGUAUUUCACCUUUUAGUUUACUUAUUCAGAUUAUUUUUAUUCAAAAUUACAUAAAAUUAGUCGUUUUUAGGUACUAGUUUCUCCUAACAACCUCUUGAAAGUGUUCCUCCAGUCCUAAAAUAACAAAAAAGAAGAGUUCAGACUUCCGACACCUAUUUAUUUGAACCCUGCUGUACACGCGAUCCCAAAUACGGGUAGUUCCUCCGUGUAAACAUUGCUGCGGCUGGCGUUCUCGCGAGACCCGAGCGGGUGUUUAUUAAUAGACCCCCCGGCUGAGCGUUAGACGAUCCGUCGAACUCUCCGUCGGCCAGGCCAGGCCAGCAGGCAGUCUCUGCUCGGCGUUCUUGCGGCCAGGAACUUUACGUUUCGGACCGCGACCUGCACUGCGGCCAAUGCCAUGAGACAUCGCCUUCGCCAUGAGCCGGCCAAUCUAUCACCAGGAGCCGCUUUUCUAUCAGCGCCCUGGCGUUAACAUCCGCCGCCUACGUCAUCCGCCGGGCAGUGUCUACGGGCGCAGCUACUCGCUCGAGGAGCAGCAACAGCCGCAGCAGCUCGUCUUCGAGGAGGACGUGGUCCCCGUGUAUCCAAAAUUCUUGUACACCCAGCAGCAGCAGCAGCAACGCGCUCAGUACCCCCUGUACCAAAUCGGUGAUUCCCUCAGCUCGCUGGACAGUGACUUUACGGACAAUGAGUACGGUGGAGCUGCCUAUAUCGUGGAGCAGCCCACAUCCAAGUCGACGCCCAAAGUGGUGCAGAAUCUGAACGCCCUGGGCCGGAUGUUGGAGCUGCUGCAGCGCUGUCCACUGCCCUGUCUCUCCUUCAACACGGCGUGCAUCUGCUCGCUGAUCGUCAUCUUCCUGUCGCCGCGUACCUGUGCCCAGAGUUUACUCUUUCCCGCUUUCAGAUUAUUUUGCGGCACCCUCUACCCGGCCUACGCCUCGUACAAGGCGGUCAGGACCAAGGAUGUCAAGGAAUAUGUCAAGUGGAUGAUGUACUGGAUAGUUUUUGCAUUUUUCACCUGCAUUGAAACCUUCACGGACAUAUUCUUCUCCUGGCUGCCGUUCUACUACGAGAUCAAAGUGGCCCUCGUCUUCUGGCUGCUCUCGCCGGCCACAAGAGGCAGUUCCACUCUUUAUCGCAAGUUCGUGCACCCGAUGUUGACGCGCCACGAACAGGAGAUUGAUGAGUACGUGAACCAGGCCAAGGAGCGCGGCUAUUCGGCGGUACUGCAGCUGGGUUCCAAGGGAGUCAACUAUGCCACCAAUGUGCUCAUGCAGACGGCCAUUAAGGGCGGCGGCAAUCUGGUGCAGACGAUCAAGCGGAGCUACAGCCUCAGCGACCUGAGCGAGCCGGAUAUGCAUCGCACCCAGGAUGAGUUGGAUAAUGUGAUGAUGUCGUCGAUGGUCUCAUCGGCGGUGGUGAUGCGUUCGCCCUCCACCGGAGGCAGGAUCUUGCGGCCACGCAACCAAACUCCAGUUGGCAGAUCGGCCAGCGGCACGCGACACUCCACUGGCAUGUACUUUACAGAGGUGGAUGUGUCCUCCAAGAAUACGGGCGACUUCAACUACAACAUUCGCAGCCAGGACGACAUCAGCUCCGGCUACUCGAGUGCCGAACCCGUUAGUGGUCUCAGCCGCACCUCCUCCAUGACGAAUGCUUCCAAGGCUCGAGCCAAGUCCAAACGCAACGAGUUGCUAGAGGAGAUGAGGGACGAGGUCUUCUUGGACAACCAGCUUUAUUAUCAAGGUGCGCAGGUGGUGGAUAGACCUGACCAGGCGGAAGUGGAAGAUCCUAAAGAUGAGGACUUUUAUGAAGCAUUGCCUUUGAUAGAAGAGGACGAGCAGGUGGCGAAAGACAACCCAGAAGGUUCCACUAUUGGGUCUGAAAACGAUCAAGUUUUUGAACCAAUUAAGGAGGAGGAAUCCGCAGCACCUUCAUCCAUCCCUGACAAUGAAAAACCAACCUCCACCGGUACCCCCAAUGUCCUGCCUCCAAUAGAUCCCUUUGUACUGGUACUGAGUGCUUCUGCAUCCCAGCCAGAUCCGUUUCUACCGGAGCGACAGCGGCCACUGUCCCCUCGCGAAUUGCGCGACACCUUGGAGGAGAUCAAGCACAGUUUUCGGGCGCAGUUGGAGCCUGAGGUUUCCUUUUCGGCCUCACCAUCGCCCCUGCUGCGGCCCAAGGCCAGUCACGGCAAGGGGCGGGCUCCGCCGCCACCUCUGCCUCCCAAGAGGCACUCCCUGAGCCCCCAGCCAGACGCCAUUAGCCAGACAUCCACGGGGAGCUUGGAGCGCAAGCCAGGACAAAUCCAUGUCUGCUAGCUGCACCACCUUGCCCCGAUCCAGUAGCCGCAAGUCGGAGAAGUCUCAAAUGGGUGGAGCAACUGCCUCCGGCCAGGCCAAAACACGCAACAAGUCGGAGAAGUAGUAAGAUGGAGCCAUUAGUCGCCACCGGAUGGGUGGCGAACGUGAAUUAGAAUCCAUAGAACAGAACCUCAUGUUUUAGUUUAUAUUGUAACUUAAUACGAAUACCAAUUACCGAUUACUGAUACUGAUUAUGAUUAUGAUGAUAUUAGCUCUAUAUGCAUA